CUAUAGAUAACUUUCUCCCAUCCCAUAUAUCCAAAUCCAAUCAUCCUCAGAACCGGUUUUGACCAUUGGAAUCUUAGAUAAAGAGAAAUUUCGGUUUUGAACCAUUCAUUAGAGAGAAAUUCCGGUUUUGAUCAUUUUCAUUAGAAAUUCCGGUUUGGACCAUGAAAAUAAAGGGAAAUUCUGGUUUUGACAUUAGCUUUGGAUCUGACGUAAAUCAGAAAUGUCUAAAACCCUAGAAUCCUACCGUUCGGUUUUCGCCGGUCGAUACUCUCUUUUUUCAGACACAACUUUGAAAUUGAACUGUGACAUCGUCGCUCGGAAGAAAACUCGGAGUUUGAAUCGGAAACGAAAUGGCGGCGAAUGGGCUGAUGGCGUCAUCCAAUGUGCUUCUUCAUCGUCCUGAAAACCACCGUCUCUCGUUUUCCUCUAGAACGAGUCAACUGGAUCUACUCGGCGACCGUGUUAGUUUCCUGGGCAAAGGGAAACGCUGUUUUCCGGUUGUUCUGUCAAUGGCGACCUCAGAGGAAGCCGGAAAGUCCGUCGCUCCUGCUCCCGGUAACGGCAUAUCCAUCAUGGUGAAUGGAUGCAGUGGGAAAAUGGGGAAAGCUGUGAUCAAAGCGGCGGAUUCUGCAGGAGUGAAUAUCGUUCCUGCAUCGUUUGGAUCUGCUGAAGAGGCUGGCCAGAGAGUUGAGGUCUGUGGGAAGGAGAUUCUUGUGCAUGGUCCUACUGACAGAGAAAAGGUCCUGUCUUCUGUGUUUGACAAGUAUCCGGAACUCAUUGUUGUCGACUACACAAUCCCCUCGGCAGUAAAUGAUAAUGCAGAGCUAUAUGGCAAAGUAGGAGUUCCCUUCGUCAUGGGAACAACUGGAGGAGACAGGACAAAAUUGUAUAAAACUGUUGAGGAGUCAAAGAUAUAUGCUGUGAUUUCCCCACAGAUGGGUAAACAGGUUGUUGCGUUUCUUGCAGCCAUGGAGAUCAUGUCUGAGCAGUUUCCUGGUGCCUUUGCUGGUUAUUCCUUAGAGGUGAUGGAGUCUCAUCAGUCCAGCAAACUGGAUGCAUCUGGGACCGCAAAAGCUGUUAUUUCUUGCUUCCAGAAAUUGGGCGUGUCUUACGACAUGGACCAGAUACGAUUGGUUCGAGAUCCUAAGGAGCAGAUGGAGAUAGUGGGUGUUCCGGAGGAGCAUAUCUCGGGUCAUGCUUUCCAUCUUUAUCACUUGACAUCACCAGAUAAAACUGUGUCCUUUGAGUUCCAGCACAAUGUUUGCGGAAGAUCAAUAUACGCGGAAGGUACUGUCGAUGCCGUGCUUUUCCUUGCCAAAAAGAUCCGGUCUAAAGCAGAGAAGCGGAUCUAUAACAUGAUCGAUGUCUUGAGAGAGGGAAACAUGCGAUGAACAAAUCCCAAGCGAAAGCUUCACUAAAAACCUCAGUGACAUUGACCAGAUUUUGAAGCUAGAAGAGUUACAAGACAUACCGAAGCAAAUCAGCUGUGGAUUUGAUGUUUGGCUUCUACUUCUGCCUUAUUAAGACAAGCUUCUGAAACCACCAGAGGGUUUCAACUAGUUUUUCUUGUUUCCCCUUUGGCUUGCAUUGUAUGACUUAUGUUAUAGUUGAAAACCUUCGAUGUUAUGUCCUCUGUUCCGGUCUUUUGAAGCAUUAAACAAUGUCUUUUAAUGUUUUUAAGUCGGCAAUCUUAUGAUAUAUCCUCGG